AAUGAAUCAAUAAUUAGAUGACUCAAAAGAAAGUGUCAAAUCACAGUCACUAGAAAGAUAUCUCUAAAUUGAAUCUACUAAAAACUCCUUGUCUCCAGUCAGAUAAGUAUUCACUGCCAGAAACACUUCUGACUCUUCAAUACUAAAGUUGCAAAAUGGGAAAUUUUCUAAUUCCUAAGCAGUGUUUCAAGAUGCUCUUAAUAAGAAGAAAUGUGAACUCACAAAGAAGCCAUAAAAGCCAGUCAUCGAAAUGCCUAAGAAACAAUUUCCGUAACCACAAAAACAAGUGAAAAGUAUAUAUGCAUCUAUAAUAUAGAAUUUGAUAAAGUGUAGUAAAAUAUCAAGUAAUCACAAUUAAAGUCAGAGGAAGUCAAAAAGAAAAAAGAGGAAUAAAAACAAAAAGAGCAGGAGAAGUAGAAGAAUGAAGCAGUCUUAGAAUCCGAUGAAGGUAAUACUUCAAAUAUAUAAUAUGACAGCAUUUUUAGAGACUGUGAAUAGAUUGUAUGAUUUUGAGAAAAGAAGAACAAAGUAAUUAUAGAAGAUGGUGGAUGAAGAAAAAAACAAAGAGAAACAACAAACUAUAGCAAGACCAUUUAUCAACUAGAAAAGUUGUAUUCUAUUGGACAGAAAACUAAAAUAGUUGAUUGAAGAAGACGAAUCAUAUAAAUAGAUAUGUCAAUUUAAGGAUAUGGCUGUUUAAGCUGAUUUAUUACCGAAUCUUCCGAAAAUAAAAGAUUUUAAAAUUAUUAAGUAUUGUAUCACAUUUAUGAAAGCCAAAAGAAUAUUAAUCUUACCAAAUCAUAAUAAUAGAUUGUGAUUGUUAUGGAUUAAGAAUUAAAGGAAGAAGCAGAAGUGGCUGAAGAUGUAUAAUAUAAAGAGGAUCAAAGUCACAAGGUUGUUUAAACUAAGGAGAUAAAAUACAAAGUCAGUGAUACUAUCAAGAAAUAGGAAUAGGGAUAAUAGCCAGCAGAAACAAAACAAUUUUAAGAGAAGGAAACACCAAAAAAAUAGAAAGUUAAUAAUUAACGAUAGAAGAGACAAGAAAUCAUGGAAACUUAAGAAUAGAGAAUUAAAACUGAAUGUGAAUACUAUGUGCCUAUUCAUAUCAGAUAACAAUAAAUAAUUUAGAAAAAACAAGAAUGGGUCAAGUAAUAAUAGGAAAUGAAGAAACACCAUGAGGAAGAAUAAGAGAAAUAGUUUUAAGAAUAAUGGGAAAAGGAGAAGGAGAAAUUUAAGAAAAAUAGUGUUGCUGAAAUAAAUGUGGAGGAAUUUGUUAAUUAACAAAUCAGUUGGUUAGAAAAGAGAAAUGAUCAUAUCUUAACUGAACAGAUAAAGAAGGAUAAAGAGACUGUCCAAUAAUUGACAUUUAAGCCAUAAAUUAAGAGAAGAGCAAAUAACAAUAAUGAAAAAAAUGAUAAAGUAGAGUUGAGAUUAUUGGAUUAUCAACAGAAAAAACAAGAAAACUUAAUGAAAUUAGAGAACAAGUACUUACCGACAUUUAAGCCUAAUUUGACACAAAAAUCUGUAAUCAUAUAUGUUAUUCUUAGUUAUUAAGCAUGGAUUGGGCUUCCAAAAGCUUUACCAAUGCUUCGUUUAACAAUCUUUGGUCGUGA